AUGAAUGGAAUGUACGUUACAGAUGGGGAGACAGAAAAAACUGUAAAUGUGCUUCUGAACGGAGAAGAAACAGCCCUGGCCUUCGUGGAAGGAACCGAACACGAGGACGACGCCAGCGAUACUGUUGCUGCAUGUAUGAUAGUUUAUGCUUGUGACGACAGGACAUCUUUUGACAGGGCUGUAGAUAUGCUGUAUAAUCUAAGGCAAAAAGAAAUGAGAAAAAACGUUAUAUUCUUAGUUGGUAAUAAAUCUGACCUUGUUCGUUCUAGGUGCAUCACGACAGAAGAAGCAAAAGCUGUUGCUAUGACUUACGAUUGCAAAUUUGUGGAGACGUCGGUAGUUUUAAAUGUGAACGUUGAUGAACUGCUCGUCGGCAUUGUAAAACAACUGCAUAUUAGAUCAGCCAAUUAUGAUGAUGACGACAAGAGUACGGGAUGUGCUUCCUCAAGUAAAUCGUUGCUCACGAAAAUUUUCAAGAAACACAAUAUUUCGAAGUCGUGUGAAAAUUUGUAUUCUUAA